CGGGAGCAGAGGAGGCGAGGGAGGAGGGCCAGAGAGGCAGUUGGAAGAUGGCGGACGAGGCGGCGCUCGCCCUUCAGCCCGGCAGCUCCCCCUCGGCGGCGGUGGUGGCCGAGAGGGAGGCCGCGUCGCCGCCCGCCGGAGAGCCAUUCCGCAAGAGGCCGCGAAGAGACGGUCUCGGUCUCGGAAGGAGCCCGGGCGAGCCCGGCUGGGCAGCUUCCGAGCGUGAGGCGCCGGAGGCGGCCGGGGUUUGCCCGGCGGCGCCGCUGUGGCGGGAGGCAGUGGCGGCGGGCGAGGAGCCGGAGGCCCAGGCGGCGGCCGCGGCGACCGAAGAAGAAGACAAUGGGCUGGGCCUGCAGGGCCUAUCCAGGGAGCCGCCACCGGUCGACGACUUCGACGACGACGACGACGACGAGGAAGAGGCAGCGACUGCGGCAGCGGCGAUUGGGUACCGAGAUAACCUUCUCUUCAGUGAUGAAAUUAUCACCAAUGGCUUUCAUUCCUGUGAAAGUGAUGAGGAUGAUAGAGCCUCACAUGCAAGUUCUAGUGACUGGACUCCAAGACCAAGGAUAGGUCCGUACACUUUUGUUCAACAACACCUUAUGAUUGGAACAGAUCCUCGAACAAUUCUAAAAGAUUUACUACCAGAAACAAUUCCUCCACCUGAAUUGGAUGAUAUGACACUGUGGCAGAUUGUUAUUAAUAUCCUUUCAGAACCACCAAAAAGGAAAAAAAGAAAAGAUGUUAAUACAAUUGAAGAUGCUGUGAAAUUGCUGCAAGAAUGCAAAAAAAUAAUAGUUCUAACUGGAGCUGGGGUAUCUGUUUCCUGUGGAAUACCUGACUUCAGGUCUAGAGACGGUAUUUACGCACGCCUUGCAGUAGACUUCCCAGACCUCCCAGAUCCUCAAGCAAUGUUUGAUAUUGAAUAUUUCCAAAAGGAUCCAAGACCAUUCUUCAAGUUUGCAAAGGAAAUAUACCCUGGACAAUUCCAGCCAUCUCUCUGUCACAAAUUCAUAGCCUUGUCAGAUAAGGAAGGAAAAUUACUUCGGAACUAUACUCAGAACAUAGAUACACUGGAGCAGGUUGCAGGAAUACAAAGGAUAAUUCAGUGUCAUGGUUCCUUUGCAACAGCAUCUUGCCUGAUUUGUAAAUAUAAAGUUGACUGUGAAGCUGUACGAGGAGAUAUUUUUAAUCAGGUGGUUCCUCGAUGUCCCAGGUGCCCAGCUGAUGAGCCACUUGCUAUCAUGAAACCAGAGAUUGUCUUUUUUGGUGAGAAUUUACCAGAACAGUUUCAUAGAGCCAUGAAAUAUGACAAAGAUGAAGUUGAUCUCCUCAUUGUUAUUGGAUCUUCCCUGAAAGUAAGACCAGUAGCACUAAUUCCAAGUUCUAUACCCCAUGAUGUGCCUCAGAUAUUAAUUAAUAGGGAGCCUUUGCCUCAUCUGCAUUUUGAUGUAGAGCUUCUUGGAGACUGUGAUGUCAUCAUUAAUGAAUUGUGUCAUAGGCUGGGUGGUGAAUAUGCCAAACUUUGCUCCACCCCUGUAAAGCUUUCAGAAGUUACUGAAAAACCACCACGAACACAUAAGGAAUUGGCUCCUUUGUCAGAGUUGCCACCUACACCUCUUAAUAUUUCAGAAGACUCGAGUUCACCAGAAAGAACUUCACCAUCCGAUUCUUCAGUGAUUGUCACACUUUUAGACCAAGCAACUAAGAGUAGUAUUGAUGAUUUGGAUGUGUCUGAUUCAAAAGAACAUAUACAAGAAAAAUCACAAGUACAGAUUUCUACUAGGAACACUGAAAGUAUUACUGAACAGUUGGAAGGUCCAGAUUUGAAGAACACUGGCUCUACUACUGGGGAGAAAAAUGACAGAACUUCAGUUGCUGAAACAGUGAGAAGGUGCUGGCCCAUUAGACUCGCGAAGGAGCAAAUUAGUAAGCGGCUUGAUGGUAAUCAAUAUCUGUUUUUACCACCAAAUCGUUACAUUUUCCAUGGCGCCGAGGUAUAUUCAGAUUCUGAAGAUGACGUCUUAUCCUCUAGUUCUUGUGGCAGCAACAGUGAUAGUGGAACAUGCCACAGUCCAAGUCUGGAAGAAGCUAUAGAGGAUGAAAGUGAGAUCGAAGAAUUCUACAAUGGAUUGGAAGAUGAUGCUGAUGUUCCAGAGAGAGCUGGAGGAUCUGAAUUUGGGAUUGAUGGAGGUGAUCAAGAGGCAGUUAAUGAAGCAAUCUCAGUGAGACAGGAAGCAGCAGACAUCAACUAUCCAUCAACCACAUCAUAAUGUAAUAGUAGUCUGGGUAGAGGAAUUGUUCCACCAGCAUUAGGAACCUGAGCAUGUCAACAGGAAUGUUUACUUGUGAACUCCAUAGUGCAAGGAAACCAGAAAAGUGUAAUAUUUAUAGACUGGUAAAAUAGAUUGUUUUUUUUCCCCAUGGUUAAUUUUUAACUUCAUUAUUUCUGUUCUUGUACACACAACACUAACUUUUUUUUUUUUUUAAAAGAAAGGUACUAAGUAUCUUUAAUCAGCUCUUGGUCAAGACUCUUUCUUUUAAAGGUUCAUUUGUAUGAUACAUUCGUAUGUAUAUAUAAUUUUUGUUGUCUAGUGAAUUUCAACAUUUUAAAGUUUUCAAAAAGCCAUUGGAAUGUUAAAUUAAUGUAAAGGGAACAGCUUAUCUAGACCAAAGAAUGGUAUUUUCACACUUUUCUUUGUUAACAUUGAAUGGUUUUGACAUCCUCAAAUCUCUGUUCUGCUAAACUUUUGAUCUUUAGCAUAAUUAACUAUUUUUAAACACUGGCAUUUUCCAAAACUUUGUGGCAGCUAACUUUUUAAAAAUCUCAAAUAACAUGCAAUGUGAGUAGAAAGAAAGAAGUCAACAAUAUGUGGGAGAGCACGUUGUCUUGCCUUUGUAAAGUUAAGACUUGGUGCUUAAGAACUUCAGGAAUAUGGUAUUCGCACGAAAAUUGAUUUUUGUACUUCUUGCAGACAUGUAGCAAUGUCUCUGUUGGCUCAUAAAUCUAAACUGAAAAACGAAUGCUUUGGAAAUGUUUGUUUCUUUAGAAACACUAGUGCCUGCCUGGACCCCCUUAGUUUGAAGAAUACUUUCCAUUGUUGUUUAAAUACCUGUCACUGUGGUGUAGAGCUUGCAAAGGUCCUUUCCCACAAGUAUUAAAACUGCCAAAAUGUGAAUAUGCAAAGCAAAGCCUUUCUGAAUCGAUAAUAAUGGUACGUCUAUGGGGGAGUGUGUAAUAUUUUGGACUAUUUUGCUUUUUAUUAAUGAGGAGAGCACCAGGCUCCUAAAUAUAAUUCCAAAGUAAUAUGUUAAUUAUAACAGCCAGAAAAGUACAUGUCCCUUGGAGAAACACACUACGUGGCUCCUAUUGGGGGGAACUGGUGUAAUAUAAACACCAAACUACUAGCCUAGUAUUAUGGAGAUGAACAUGAUUUAACUUCUAUUAGCAGAACAGUUAAUUACAAGUUCCUGCAACAUAUCUUCAUUUAAAAGUUUAGCUCGUCUUAAAACUCUAGAGAUCAACUUUCUCAGUUGUAGAAGCUUCUAGCCUUUUAAAAAAGUUCAUACAUUGUAAAAAUUGCACAGUAAGCAUUUAUUUUCCUGAUCUUUUCCCAACAUAAUUGCCUGACUAUCCAUAUGUUACUUUAGUAUUUAUUACAAUUAAAAAAGGGUUUGAAAUACAGCUGUUCUUUAAGCAUAAGAUAUCCAGCUUUUAGGACCAUUACUACCAUAGAAAUUGUAUUGAAUGGCCAUUAACCUACCUAAAAAGAUAAUCUCAAUCUAAAUUUGGCUACACUAAAGAAUGCAGUAUAUUUCGUUUUUCAUUUGCAUGAUGUGUGUUUGUGCUAUAGAUGAUAUUUUAAAUUGAAAAAUUUGUUUUAAAUUAUUUUUACAGUGAAGACUGUUUUCAGCUCUUUUUAUAUUGUACAUAGUCUUUUAUGUAAUCUACUGGCAUAUGUUUUGUAGACUGUUUAAUGACUGGAUAUCUUCCUCCAACUUUUGGAAUACAAAACCAGUGUUUUAUACUUGUACACUGUUUUAAAGUCUAUUAAAAUUGUCAUUUGACUCUUUUCUGUUAACUUA